AUUAUUCUGAAGCACCUACAUUACAGUUUCCUUCAAUAGCGGCAAAAUAUUAUUUUGUUUUUGUGCGUUAGAUGGCGCGAUUAAAUAAGUGUUUCUCAUCUAUGUGAAACCCAGAGAAUCGUGUAACUUUAUUUCCUUUCCUAUCAUUAACUUUAUAGGCUAUAUUUCUUUUACUUUGGAGUGUUCAAUACGCAUGGUUUAUCCAAAUUAGUGUUGUACGUGUCAAUCUAAAUAUGUCUAAAGAAAAGGAGUCGUUAUAUACCCGAAAAUACCGAGUUGCUUGGGAAUCCGAUGCUGAACUUAAAGGAUGGAUUGGUCCUGUAUUAGCAGAUGAGACAAAGUCGCUUUGUAAGAUAUGUAAAUGUACUUUAGCUGCACAUAAAAAAGACUUACUGCUUCACGGUAAAAGUAAGAAACAUCAAGAGGCGGAGAAAAGAUCUUUGGCUGGCCCGAGUAAAAAAAUUACUGAGUUUAUGAAAAAAGGUUUGACCGCCAGCAGGAAAAUAGCAGAAUUAAAAAUUGCUGCAUUCAUAUGUGAGCACUGCUCACUUGCAACAAUUGAUCAUCUUGGAUCACUUUUAAAAAAUUUAGAUAAAUCAUCUGAAAUAUUAAAUGUCGUUAAAUUACACAGAACUGAAUGUACAUCUUUAAUAUUGAAUGUGUUGGCUCCUUCAAUACUAAAUGACUUACUUUUGGAUGUUGCAGAUAGUAAAUAUUCAUUGAUUAUAGAUGAGAGCACUGCAGUCGAUUCCACAAAAAUGCUAUGCGUUAUGAUAAAAUAUUUUAGUAAAAAGCAAACUAAGAUUGUUACGACUUUCUACAAACUUAUCGAAAUUGAAAAGGGAGAUGCCAUAACUAUCUCGGCUGCGGUGACAAAACAACUGGAGCUAGACGGUUUAAAAUUAGGGAAUCUAAUAGGAAUCGGUGUUGAUGGAGCCAAUGUUAUGGUUGGUGCGCAUAAUUCAGUAGCUUCUUUUUUGAAAGCAAAGAAUAAUGAACUUGUUAUUAUUAAGUGCGUCUGUCAUUCUCUGCAUUUGGCAGCAGAGUAUGCAUUUAAACUUCUACCUCGUCAUUUGGACUUUAUAAUCAAGGAAUGCGACAAUUGGUUCUCUUGUAGUACAAAAAGGCAAAUAGCAUACAAACAAAUAUUUGAAACACUGACGGAUCAAAAACCACUAAAAAUUGACCAACUAUCAGGAACCAGAUGGCUAGCCAGAUACAAUGCGAUAGAUAAAAUUCUAGAACAAUGGGAUGCAUUAAAAAUACACUUUGGUAUAGUAAAAGAUAAUGAAAGGUGUUAUAUGGCUGAACAGCUGUUUCAAAUGUUAUCGGACCAAACUAAUGUAUUAUAUUUCACCUUUUUGAGUUGGACAUUGAAAGAAACAAUUAGUUAA